CCAACAACCACUGUUGAACCUACCACCACUGUUGCACCAACAACCACACCUGAACCAACAACCACUGUUGAACCAACAACAACCACUGUUGAAUCAACAACCACUGUUGAACCAACAACC